UAUAUAACAACAUAAUCCUUAUUUUGCAAAUUGAUUCAAAUCGUUUCCAUUCGCAUUGCAGCGAUCUUGACCUAUUGAAACAAAAGCAAACAAAAAAAAUAACACAUUUCCCGAUUGAUAGAAAACAAAAAGAUAAUAGGUAGAACAGCAAGGCGACUAUUUGAAAUUGAAAACGGUGUAAUAUUUGGUGUGUUUUCGGCGGGAAAAGUUGAGAGAAAGUACUGCUUUAAGAAAUAUAAAAUCAUGCGAUUGAAAUCGAGUUUAAUUUCAAUUUUUCUUGUUUUUGUUAUUUUCUCGCGUAGUGAGACAGCCCAUGGGAAAAGAAUUAGCAAACGAUCUUUUCUCAUUGGCUUGAUCAGCAACAAAACCAGAUCCGCCGUGCAAAAAUUGGGCGAAAUUUCUAAUUUCGGUGCCGAAAAAAUAGGCAAUUUCAGUGCGGCCGUUGUCAAGCCCAUUUCCUCGAACGCUGCUGGAGGAAUCGGAAAAUUAGGAGAUAAAACCGGAAAUGCUUUAGAAGUUGUUGGAAAUAGAACUGCCCAUGUGGCCGGGAAAUCUGUGCAGGCUGUGGAAACUGUCGCUGAAAAGGCGAUAAAUUUUACUUUUAGCGACAUUGAAAUACAUGAUAUCGAAAGGAGCUUUGCCCAUCGUAUGGGUCUGAAAUACAACAAAGACACAGACAUACAAAAAGUCAGAAACCUUCUCGGGGGCCUUUUUGAUCCUUCCACAAAAUUUCUAGAUUCUGACAGAACGACUUGCGGAUUGUGCAAGUUUCUGAUAGCAGGACUGCAACGACAUAGUUUUACUGUGGCGAAAGUUGGUGAAUUCAUUUGUAAUAUUUACAUUUUGUUGGCUACGUACACAGUCUCCGAUUUCUGCAAGUCCAUCAUUGAACUUAACAGGCCCGUGCUCACCUACGUAUUUGAUAAUAGCAAGAUUUUAGAUCCAGAACUAGCUUGUACGAUCCUUCUUCAGACCAAGGAGUGCACUUAUGAUAAACCAGCUUUACAAUGGGUCACUUUAGUGUCAUCAACUGCACCCAUUUAUCCAGAGGUAUCGCACGAUUCGAACGAAAAACCCAUGACAAUUCUUCACCUUACUGAUUUUCACAUCACUCCUGACUACGAAGUAGGGGGUGUUUCGAACUGCGGCUAUCCAGUUUGUUGUAAAAAAGGGCUGGGAAACUCUCUCAAAGGUGAAAAGGCGUCCAAAUGGGGUGACUAUAAUUGCGACAUACCCCCGUGGUUACUUGGAGCUACUUUACAACACUUAAAUCACACUUACAAGGAUGUAGAAAUAGUCUACUUCACUGGGGAUAUCAUCGAUCAUACAGUUUGGAACACAUCCGUUGAAAGUAAUACGGAAAUGAUAUAUUACACUUAUAAGGCUUUGGCAGAAUCGUUUCCAAAAGCAAAAAUUUUUUCUGUCAUUGGUAACCACGAGUCCAAUCCACUUAACGUAUUUUCCCCACCUUUCCCUGACAUAAUCAAAAAAGGUCUGUCUACGGAUUGGCUAUACGAACUGAUGGGCAAAGUUUGGCGACCUUGGUUAUCUCCUCAAGCUCUAGAAACUGUUAAGUAUCAAGGCUACUACGCCCAAACUGUCAGUCCCAGACUCAAAGUGAUUGGUUUGAACAAUAACGUUUGUUAUAAUUUCAAUUGGUGGUUAAUGUACCAUACGGAAUAUAUAAACGAACAAUUGCAAUUUUUAAAUAAAGAAUUAGAAGAAUCAGAAAAAAAUGGUCAGUUCGUACACAUACUAGGACAUGUUUCAGUUGGAAAUCAAGAAUGUAUCCAGCCUUGGGAAGUUAGUUAUAACAGAAUUGUUCAAAGAUUUGCUCAUAUUAUCAAAGGCCAAUUUGUCGGGCACACUCACACUGACGAACUAAAAGUUUUCUACGACAUAAAUUCGAAACCGAUCAAUAUGGCUUUCAAUGGAGCUAGCUUAACACCAUAUCUGAAAUAUAAUCCAAAUUAUAAAGUAGUUUACGUCAACCCUACCAGCAUGGAUAUAGUGGACAUAGAUACGUACAGUUUCAAUAUGACAGAAGCAAAUCUUUACAGAGAUAGAACACCAGCGUGGAGCAAAUUAUAUUCAAUGAAACAGGCAUACAAUUUGCCGGAUUUGUCACCUACUAGUUUUGAUGUAUUCGCAAACAGAUUGCUUAAGGAUAAAAAAUUACAAGAGCAGUACUGGCUGAAUUAUGUAAGAAAGGGCGACGCUUCCUUAAAAGACGGAUGCGAUGAUAGCUGCAAAAUGGAAGUCGCCUGUAAAGCUGUAACUACAUGGUCACUCCAUUCCGUAAAACCACAAUGCGAUAUGACAUAAAAGAAUAAACAUUUAAUAAUGUAAGAUUUUUGUUAAGGCCAAAGAUGUAUUUUAUGAUUUUAUUAAAUAAAUAUCGUGAAAUAAU